GUUGAACUUUAAAAAUCUCGCGCUACUUUCUACAGACAGAGCGGUUUGGAGAUUUCAGCCAUACACUAAGACAGCAAAUUCGCCAUUCGUAGCAAAAGUAAUCAGUCAAGGCCAAAUUUAGCACACAGAAGAAGUGUGCUCUGUAGGAGAUGGGCGGAGAGAAGAAUGUUGGCCAAGCCAGAGGAGGGAAGGCCAAAGCGAAGACACCCAGACAGAGGCUGAGUGAUAAGGAAGGAGGCUCGGGUGGAGACGCACCUAGGAAAAGUACAAAGCCCAAUAAGGAAAGAACUAAAGCCACAGCAAAGUCUCAGCGGGUGGAAAAAGUAAAAGUUCAGAAAAAGGUCAAGGCUUUCAAAACGGAGAGCGUGGAGAGCUUUGAUGAUGAUGUGAGGUUUAAUUUGGCUGUAAAAGAGGAGCCUGAAGAUGGAGACUUUGUGCCAGAAAAGAGGGGGAAAAAGAGGAAAAGACCAGAGGAUGAACCCAUGGAAGGUCCCUCGUGUUCCAGUGCAACCCCAACGUUAAAUAUGAAAUUGAAAGAGAAGGACGAGGCUGACCCGAGGACCGAGAAUAACACAAAGGAGGGGAUAAAGAAAGAGAAGAAGCCAAAGAAAGAGGAGGCGGAGCAUCCAGUCACUACAAAGAAGAAGUCAAAGGAAGAGAUUGAGGCAGCAAAAGCGUUGAAGAUCAAAAAAAAAGAAGAAGAAGAGCAGCAGCGCUGGAGAUGGUGGGAAGAGGACAAGUAUGAGGAUGGUGUAAAAUGGAAGUUUCUGGAGCACAGGGGUCCCUUUUUCCCGCCGGAGUACCAGCAUCUCCCAGACAACGUUAACUUCUACUACAAUGGUAAAGUUGUGAAGCUGGGCCUUGCUGCAGAGGAGGUGGCCCUGUUCUUUGCUCAGAUGCUUGACCAUGAAUACACCACAAAAGAUGUGUUCCGAAACAACUUCUUCAAGGACUGGAGGAAGGAGAUGACCCUGGAGGAGAGGGUGCUAAUUAGUGACCUGAAUAAGUGUGACUUUCAGGAGCUCCACACCAUGCACAAGGAGAAGGUGGAGGCUAGGAAGGCUAUGAGCAAAGAGGAGAAACUGGUGAUGAAAGAGGCCAAUCAGAAGAUAGUGGAGGAGUAUGGCUUCUGUAUACUAGACCACCACCGGGAACGCAUUGGCAACUUUAAGAUUGAGCCGCCAGGUCUCUUUCGAGGACGGGGGGAGCACCCCAAACAAGGCAUGCUUAAGAAGAGGAUCCAGCCGGAGGACGUCAUCAUCAACUGUGGAAAAAAGUCUUGUAUCCCAGAGCCCCCUGCUGGUCACCACUGGAAGGAGGUUCGCCAUGACAACACAGUGACCUGGCUGGCCAGCUGGACUGAGAAUGUUCAGGGCUCCUGCAAGUAUGUCAUGCUCAACCCCAGCUCCAAACUCAAGGGUGAGAAGGACUGGGAGAAGUAUGAGGUGGCCCGCCGGUUGAAAAGCUGUGUGAAUGGGAUCCGCCAGCAGUACCAGCAGGACAUCAAGUCCAAACAGAUGGAGACCCGCCAGAGAGCUGUGGCCCUUUACUUCAUAGAUAAGCUGGCCCUGAGAGCGGGUAACGAGAAGGAGGAGGGCGAGACGGCGGACACGGUGGGCUGCUGCUCCCUGAGGGUGGAGCACAUCACCCUCCACGACCUGCUGGAGGACAAGGAGUGUGUGGUGGAAUUUGACUUCCUGGGUAAAGACUGUAUCCGCUACUACAACAAGGUCCCCGUCACCAAGAGGGUGUUCAAGAACCUCACGCUCUUCAUGAAGAACAAGGAGCCUGGAGACGACCUGUUUGAUCGCCUCAACACGUGCUUGUUGAAUAAGCACCUGUCAUCCCUGCUGCCUGGCCUGACUGCUAAGGUAUUCAGGACUUUCAACGCCUCCAUCACCCUGCAGGAGCAGCUCCAACAGCUGUCCAACAUGACCGACAACCCGACAGAGAAGCUGCUCUCCUACAACAGGGCCAACCGAGCUGUUGCAGUUCUGUGUAACCACCAGCGGGUGCCGCCAAAGACCUUUGAUCAGUCUAUGGCCAACCUCCAGUCCAAGAUUGAUGGCAGGAGGGAGCAGUUGGCCCUGGCCAAGAGUGAGCUGAAGCUGGCCAAGAAGGAGGUCAAAGCUCACAGUUCAGACAGCAAGCUGCAGGCGGUGGUGGAGCGUAAGAAGAAGGCUGUGCAGCGCUGUGAGGAGCAGCUUAUGAAGAUGGAGGUUCAGGCCACAAACCGAGAGGAGAACAAGCAGAUCGCACUGGGCACCUCCAAACUCAACUACCUGGACCCACGCAUUAGCGUGGCCUGGUGUAAGAACAUGGAGGUGCCCCUGGACAAAAUUUAUAAUAAAUCUCAGAGGGAUAAGUUUGCCUGGGCUGUUGACAUGACCGGGGCAGAUUUUAUAUUCUAAGUCAGCCUCUACCCUUUAGUUCUACCUAAAUGUAAAGACUAGGAGGCAGGUUUUAUCCUUUUGGUUUUAACUACCCAUGUGUUGAACUACAGAAUCCUUGAAUUUUUCAGUCCACUUCACAGCAAGUUUUUUCCAAGUUUAAUUGUUGUAUUGCUGUUGGCACUUUAAAAAAUAAAGUUUACUAUUGUUAAUGGUAAACCAAGAUGAUCUUAUAGAAAGUAUGGAUAACGUUUCCUUUUAUAAACAUUUAAUAAAGUUUCUUAAGAAAAGAAUGGCAAAGCCUCUUCUGCGUUUUUUGCAUGUCAUCUCCUCUGUUAUCAGACAUGCCUUUAGCAUGUCUCACCGAAGAUCGUCAUGAAUGGAUGAUAUCACCAGUCAUAGAGCUGGCCAUGUGGAUGGAGGGAUGUCAGGUGUGACUUGGUGUGCAAUGUAAAGAGUCAGGAAUUGAAAGCAUAAGGGUCUGUUUAGUCAAGAUGACCUCUAGUGCAGGGAUCAGCAACUAUACUGGGGGAAAAAAAUGCAACAAUUUCAAAGAUUUUACUGAGUUACAGUUCAUAUAAGAAAAUCAGUAAAUUGAAAACUUCAUUAGGCCCUAAUCUAUGGAUUUCACAUGGAAUACAGAUACCUUUAAAAAAAUAUGCCUCAUGGAGCACGACACAUCUUCAGAAACUGGAACACGCUGUCGUACACGUUGAUCCAGAGCAUCCCAAACAUGAUCUAUGGGUGACCUUUCUGGUGAGUAUGUAGGAACUGGGACAUUUUCAGCUUCCAGGAAUUGUGUAUAGAUCCUUGUGACAUGGAGCCAUGCAUCAUCAUGCUGAAACAUGAGGUGAUGGUGACUGAUAAAUGGCACGACAAUAAGCCUCAGGAUUUCGUCAUGGUAUCUCUGCGCAUUCAAAUUGCCAUGGAUAAAAUGCAAUUGUUCGCUGUCUGUAGCGUAUUCCUGUUCAUACCAUAACCCAAAUUUGAGACAUCUGUGGCAUUGUGUAGUGACAACUGCACAUUCUAGAGGCCAUUUAUUGUCCCCAGCACAAGAUGCACCUGUGUAAUGAAGAUGCUGUUUAAUCAGCUUCUUGAUAUGCCACACCUGUCAGGUGGAUGGUUAUCUUGGCAAAGGAGAAAUGCUCACUAACAGGGAUGUAACUAAAUUGGUGCUCAGAAUUUGAGAGAAAUGUUUUUUUGUGCAUAUGGAACAUUUGUGUGAUCUUUUGUUUCAGCUCAUGAAACAAACACUACAUGUGGCGUUUUAUAUUUUUGUUCAGUGUAGAUUUAGCCGCGGGCCGUUAAAAAAAUAUAUAUAUAUAUAUAUUCUUGAGCGGAUGUUCUUGGCCCCCCGACCAUACUUAAAAAUAAUUUGUAAACUGCAAAUUGACCUGCAGAUAAAAUAUUUGGUUACAUUUGUAAACGAUCACAUCUCUAUAUUGUGCGUGGGAAUACUUUGGAACAGAUUUCCAGUUGGAGUUGAUUUACAGUUUUUUUUUUUUUUGUCUUAUUUCCAACAGUAUGAAAUCUAACUUGGGGGCCAAAUUUGGCCUAUGGGGCACCAGUUAGGGAACUCUGCUCUAAUGCGACACUAUCCUGAUGCACACAUGAAGGCACGUUUCUCAGAGCCCCAUAAGAUAGGUUCAGGGCAUUCAGGCUGUUUUUUUAAACCAGCAAACAAGAAACUAAUAUGUUGAUUUAUUUCCUAAGAAUGAGACUGAUUUUAAGAUUGCUCUAUUAAAGUUAUUAAUACAAACCAGUCAGUUGAAUUUGUUGAAUUCAGUUGAAUUUGGAAUGCAUUCUACUUGGCACAGAGUGCUGUUUAUCACUGGCUUGCCUUUUACUGUAUACUUCAAUCAACCAUUACUCAUAGGGCUGAAAAGUUCUGAGGGAAAUUUUCAAAUAAAUCUUCAAGUCUCUACAUAAGAACUGUUACUUUUAUUGCAAUAGUCAAUAUAAAAAAUAACUUUACAACAUGCCAAACCAAGUAAUGAAUGGUUACAGUGGAAAAGUGUGCUACUCCUGGAGAAAAUCCUUGACAUCU